AAUCUCGCACUGUUGUGUAACCGGACUUAGGUGAUCCGGACAUCCUGGAAUCAGAGCCAAAAGAGCGGUGAAGCGAACAAUCAUGAUAUACAACGUAUUGGGAUUUUUGACAACGUCGCUGUUGAUUCUGAACGCCAGACCUACAUUGAGCGCUGCAAUAUCCCAGCCGAGUGAUAAGACUUCAGGCUUGCACUUGCACAUUCUUCACACAAAUGAUAAGCAUAGCAGGUUUGAAGAAACGUCAUCAAGCUCUGGAACGUGCAGUGAUUCUGAUGCAGCGAAAAAUAAAUGCUAUGGAGGAUUUGCACGAUUGGCGACGGUGAUCAGAAAUGCUCGUGCUGGUAACACCUCCGUGUUGUACCUUGAUGCAGGUGACACGUACCAAGGGUCCGUUUGGUUCGUCGUACAUCGAUGGAAAAUUGUCUCCAAAUUCAUGAACAUCUUAAAGCCAGAUGCGAUGUCUUUGGGGAACCACGAGUUCGACUACGGCGUCAACGGGUUGUUGCCGUUCUUGAGGAAUGCCUCGUUCCCGAUACUAGCGGCGAAUCUGAAUCUGACAAAUGAGCCGGAGCUUCAAGCAACAAGACUCGCAAAAAGUACCAUCCUCGACGUUAACGGCACCCGAGUUGGCAUCAUUGGGUAUUUGACUCCGGAAACGAAGCUGCUUGCUACUACCGAGGACGUUAUAUUCGAAGAUGAGAUUGAAGCAAUAUCCAAAGAAGCGAGGCGGCUCAAGAACAGUGGGGUCAACAUUUUGAUCGCUCUUGGACACUCUGGCUACCCGGCGGAUAAGAGAAUUGCGGCUGAAGUCGAGGACAUUGACCUUGUGAUAGGCGGCCAUACCGACACAUUCCUGAACAACGGAACUCAGCCAGAUGCCGAAGUAUCGGAAGGCUUGUAUCCCACACCGGUAAUCCAAAGUAGUGGCAGAAAAGUUUAUGUGGUCCAAGCUUAUGCCUACACCAAGUACAUCGGAAACCUUUCCAUGACUUUCGAUUCUGAAGGUGAACUCACUCGUAUUGAAGGAAAUCCCAUUCUCCUUGACUCGAGAAUUGAGCAGGCCAGUGAUGUAGUGGCAGAAUUGGAGAACUGGAGAGAACCGGUAGACAACCUGGGGAUCACCUACAUCGGCAGCAGCCGCGUCCUUCUCAACGGGGAUCGAAAAGCCUGUCGUCGCCAAGAAUGUAAUAUGGGAAAUUUAAUGACUGACGCGAUGGUUGAUUACAACAUGAGGCAAUACCAAGGGGCACAUGGAUGGACCGAUGCAGCAAUCGCAGCUCUGAACAGCGGGGCUAUCAGAGGUUCCAUUCCUGCCAAGAACCAGAUUUCAGCGGCUGAUGUACUCUCCGUAUUUCCAUACCACAACGUAGCUGUCGUUGUUUUUAUGAGCGGUGAGGUGUUGCGAUCGAUGCUCGAAAAGAGUGUUGUCUCUGUGACUAACGAUUUGAAUCAAGACGAUAAUGGCGCUUUCCUGCAGUUUUCUGGACUUCAGGUGACUUACGACUAUGGCAAGCUUCCUAACUCUAAGGUGGUGUCUGUAAGAGUCCGUUGUGCUAAUUGCACUUUCCCUGAAUUCCGUGACUUGGAUGAAAAAGAGAUCUACCCAGUGAUCAUUACUGACUACAUGUACAGGACCUCUGAUGAAAUCAACAUGUUGCGUGAUUUGCCAUCCAAACCAAUCAACGGAACUCUGACCGACGUCCUCACCGGGUACCUGAAAGCACACAGCCCUAUUUAUACCCAAGUCGAUUGCAGAAUCACUGUCAUCAAUACCGACAGUGCAUCAUCAGUUGGCACCCCAACGACGGCAUCUAAGAUAUUCACAUCUAUGUCGUAA